AUGGGACGCAGACAGACAACCGACUGUCAUGAUCAUACCACCCUUCCACUACUACGCUGGCAUAGCACUCAUAUAGCUGGUUAUCUUAUGGAUGGAAACAUCACUCUACGUUACGUCGGCGGGUUCGGUUUUGAAGGGCCCUAUACAUUUCUCCAAGAGGCGCUUGCUAACACAACUGACCCCCUGGCAAGCCCGUACCUCCAACUGGCCCACGAUGAAAGCUACAUCUCCAUUACCCGUGAUGCCUGCCUGGCCAUCACAAACAUGACAGCCGAUAUCUACACGGCGUACGAUAGCCAGGGGAUAUGGAAUAGACUUGUCACCUGGAAAUUCCCCCUUGUCUCCCUCCUCUUUCACUUCUCCCGUCCUCCCUUCCCCCUCCGAGUAUGGACGAACACCAGUCUUUUCAUGCUGAUCCACCUCCUGGGCAGCCCUGUAACAAAUAUCGCGUCCCUCUUGCACACGCUCUCUUCCUGCCGGCACAGCGCAAAGAAGAUGCAAAAGAAGCUACGAGAUAUCCAAAGAGACAUCAAGGACGAGUUGGCGUCCUGGAGGCUGGAAAACCCCCUGGCGAGGGAGUUGGUACGCAGCCACUGGGGAAAAUCCACCAGCGAGCGUAAAUUCGCCAGCCUGUGGAAGCAGCUGUCUUUGAUCAAAGUCUCGUACGAUGAAUGGGGCGUCGAAUCCUCCGAGUUCCUCAUGCGUACGCUUGACAGCCUCUUCCUCGACCCUCUGCCCCUUCGUUACGGGUCAAGAUCACUCGUUCAAAGAAGGGAGGUACUCGCCCAGAUUAAAAAGGCGGCUGACAUGCUCGCUGCUGAUCGGGCGACGUAUGUGCUUCCUAUUUUCAUCGCGCAGUUUGUGUUUAUCGCCUCCAUCAGCGCGGCGUUUUGGAGGGUGAUUGGGGUUUUCCCUCAGGAUGGGCAGUGGACGAAUGUGGAGGCUUAUUCGAUCGCCAUGUCGGCGCCGUUUUUGUACAUGGUGCCGGCUGUGUUUUUGAGCGCGAUUAUCGGGGUGAGUCAGACGGAGAGGAGUGUGGUGAGGGUGUUGAAUGAUUUGGGGGAGAAGCUGAUGAAGGAGGAGUGGGUGGUUGAGAGGGGGGUUUCUUCGGGGACCGAGGGUGAGAAGGAGAGGGCGGUGGUGGUUUCGGUUGGUGUUGCGGCUGGACGUGGGGCGUCUCCAGUAACGAGUGAUACUGAGAGGGAUGAGAAUCCUGGGAGUGAACAGUUGCUGCUGUUGACGCCUCCGGGCCAAGCGACAACUGCUGAACCGACAACAAAUGUCAGCGCAGAGGCUGUAAAGAGGGAAUCGGUCAGGAUACCGGUCGUGGUGGAGAAACAGCCCAUCUUUCAGAGGGUGUGUCACGGGGGAAUCUAUGGCUGGCGGCCCGAGAUCCUCACAGCACGACAGAUACGACAGACAUGGCGCCACGUUGUUUUGGCCUUGAAUCUCGUCAUCAUGUCUGUGGUUGUGGCAUCAUGGAUAUCUUACCGGGUGCCUCCGGAAGGAUUCAACUGUCGUAACGCAGGGCAGGCGGCGCUGUUGAUAAUGUGGUUGCUCAGCUUUGUGCUGGACUGUGUCUUUGCAUACUACAUGGACCGCUGGGGCCAUCUCGAGAGUGGGAAGGGAUAUUGGUAUGAGGCUGUGUUUAUCAAGGACUUCAUCGUGGGAUGGGCGGCCGUUGUCAUGAUUUUGGUUGUCCAAGUAGGCAUCUUCAACCGGUGCGACUGCUUCUCGCUUUGGGGAAAGGUCCCGGUUGCUCUGCCGCAGAUUCCAGAGGUUGCUGCUGUGUUGAUGCAUCGUAUCUCAUUUGAGUGGCCUGCGGUGACAUUUGGAUGGAUUGCUAUAGAGCUCGGCAUUUGCGCUGUGAUUUGGUGGACGUAUAGAGAUGCCUUUAGCGUGUAUAACCAAGAGGACGGGGGUGAGGAGAAAUGAAGCCCGCCACCCGUCGGUCAUUUCGUGGACGAUGUAGCUAUGCGUACAAUGCAGGAGAUCAAUACGCAACUAUUCUAUUUUGCUGUCAUUAUGGCCGUGCCAGGUGUGUUAACUGUCAUUGAAGCCCU